AUGAUCAAGUGGUGGCUUUUGGCACUUUGGCAGGUAGUUAUGGCAUUUGAACCUUCGAACGAGUGGCAGGUAGUGCCUGAAGGAGAAUCAAUCCCCAAGGGGCUAGAAGUCAAGAUGGAUCUGGAAUCUGGACAGCGAUUGGCCCGCUUCGCAGACAAGCAAGCGCCAGGCCCAGCCCCGGUCGCUUUGGCUAAACCCACCCCCAAUUCCGAGGUUGGCCGGCCCAUUCUCGACUUGGAGCAGCUUGAGGAACUCGCCCACGACUUUGACCAUGGUCAGCAGUUUAUGGAACAAUACGGAGCCCAUCUCAUAGAAGAGUACGAAUCUGGGUUGGGUAAACGAGACCAUGCCGGAAAAGUUCUUGGAGUUGCCGUUCGAAACAACCCGAAUGCGGCGUCCGCACUCCUGUCACAAGACCCGGAGUUGACUCUGCGACUUGCCCAAAAUUUCCAGGCUCAGGAUAUUUACAUACUGGCCAACUUGGCCACUGCCCACUACGACCAAGUCAAGCCGGCCCUUGUCAAAGCUCAAUCCCAGCUAUCCUCCAAACCACUGUCAAGAGAUAUCAGCAAACAAGUUGUCCGUCUUGUUCGUGAUAUUGGUCAUACAGAUAAGCCUGCCAUCGAAGACUGGGCUGGGGCGAUUCAGCAGGCACUUCAACGUACAGGUGACGACAUGGAUGGGGUGCGGCUCGACUUGUUGAGGGUGUUGACGGAGAUUGUUGAGAAGAAGGGCGAGUUUGAGGGAACAAAUACCGAGGUUUCACGCGACUUUGUGUCGUGGUUGGCCGACCAGGCGGUCAGAGCAUCGUCUUCAAGUGGGGUAAAGGGCCGUUCGGACAACGAGAAUAAUCCCACUUACGAGUUCCUGCAGUUGGUGAAACAGGUGCGUCAUCGCGUUUACGGCAAUCCGAAGGCCGCGAGACUCCAUAUGGACCUGUAA